GGUACGGUGUGUUGUUCAAUCGUGCGUUUCGACGAAUCCGCCCGCUCUAGAGAGUGGGCUUAUCUUUAACUCGAGCAGCGGUCGACGGUGCGCGUGAAGUGGCCGAGCGAACAUAGAUUUAGACUUGGAAAACCCCUUAGAAAACUUGGAAACUUUUCGUGCAGUAGUGUUGUUCGGUUAUUUUCCUGGAACGUGGUUCUGCUGUUUCGGAUAAUGUUCGCAGGUCCGCUCCCCUUUCCGCGUGCCAGUUAGUGAGGUGUGAACCGACAAAGUGAAGCACCGAUCCGUGUCCAUGCUCCGUGUCUCUGGCGUUACGCGUUCUACGGCCCUGUGUGUGAACGUUAGGUUCUGUUGCUGACACCGUUCAGUUUUGGACAUUUGAAAUGCCAAGUCUAUAGUGGAGAGGCCUCUGCAGAGCGUACCGAACUGCAUAUGCUGACAGAGACAGCUAACGACGCGACGAUCGUCCCAAAUUGAUCCACUCCACGCCGGGGAUCAUCGAGUCUCACGAAGAGUCUCAAGAGGGCACGCCAUAGCAGUGCUUGUUAUCAGAGAUGUUGCCGCAGUGAUGGUGGUGCACGAUCGCCUAAUUGAAUAAUGCACUGGACUGAUUUGCCCGAGAGGGAACCCAGUGGUCAGUGGAUUCGCGUGUGAUAAUAAUAUGACCAACCCAGCUGAUGGCGGUGGUAAAGUGCUCGUGAACGUCAGCAGCGCCAGAAGCAAGGGAGCGGAGAGCGGAAAGAAGCGAUCAUCCGUCCAGUCCAAAAAUGCGCCUGAUUCCCGGUCGUCAACUAGAUCGGGAAGCACCAGCAUCGGUGGAGGGAGUGGUGGUGGUGGUGCUGGUGGAGGCAUUGUCACUUCAGCAUCGUCUCCCGGUGGCUUUCAAUCGUUCUUCCGUUGGUUCCGUCGCGAUGAAUCACGUGCGCUUGCUCGUAGUACCAGCGGCAGCCAGGUCACACCGGAACUGCUUGACAGGCGUGUGCAGCAGCCAUCCCGAAGUCCCUCAGCAUCUCCUGUGGCCACACCAGCCGCUGCUGGUGGUUUGAGAGAAUCGUUCACAAGAGCAACACCACCGGCACAAACGGCGCCAGCGCCUCCCAGUCGCGAACGUCUGCGAACACCGGCAGCCGGCAGCGGUGACAACGUGAGCCAGGCGGCAAGCAACGGUACCCACAGUUCCUCGCCCAGUCCAGGGCCGGUGAUUGAUUGUCAGAAUCUUUCGAAGAGCUCGAGUUGCGACAGCAUACUGAGUACGGCAACGAACGGAUUCGCGUUCGUUCCACCGAAUUGCUACGAAGCCGUCCUAGUGGCCAGUGCUGGUGGAGAUAGUGGACGAAUCCGGGAACCGCGCACCAUCCAACCAGGACCUUACACCGAUAGCUACAAGCGACGCUGCUGGCAGCGUGACCGAGCCCGAGAGCUCGACCGGAAGUACGAAUUGACGUUGCGCAAGAAGUACCGUCUGUUCCCGAACUUACCCAGAGACAGUCCCCCGACAGGCGAUCCGCAUGAUGCAACGCUAACGAGGGAUAAUCAGCGGACUGUGUACACCGAUCUUAGUUUACCGACGAGAUCGAUUGAAGCGAACUCGAACCAACGGAACGGAGGAGCGUACACCGGACAGCCGGAGGAGGUGUGCACGGAUCCGGUAAACCGACGCCACCGGCGUACCGUCAGUGAUAGCUCGAAGGAUCGGCGUGCGGGAGCGUACGUACACGUGAAGGGGAAAAGGAAAGCUCCACCGCCUCCCCCAGUCAACGGUACAGCGCAGGACGACGGAUCUUCCACCGGUGGAACGUUGACUCGAUCAUCGACAUCCAACUACGGUACACUGUCUCCCGGAUCGACGCUUUCGCGCAGGAAGCGGCCAGCUCCUGCCCCACCUACUACUGCUGCUGCUGCUGCUGUGGCUCUUGGCGAUCCCUCAACCGGGUCCAGUACAAGCUUACUGGAAGAUAAGGAGAUCAAAGCGAUCAUUGAAGGACGUCCACUGCCAGUUCACACCGAAGAACCGCCUCGAUUGAUCAUGCCUCUCCCACUGAUCCGACCGCUCUCACCAUUGCCCAACAUUUCCGAGGAGCGAGCCCUUCCUGGAGGGUUGACGGAAGAGCAGAAACAACAGCUGAUCGAUAACAUCCGCAAGGUUCAAUCGCAGACAGCUCAGCAGCAGCAGCAGCAGCAGCAACAGGAGCAGCAAGAUGAUCCUUGCGAUCUGAUGAAGAUGGAGGAACGGUUCAAUCGGGCCAACGGAACACGUUCGCCAAUCCAUGACUACCUUUACGCGGAGGCGAUGGCAAGUGCACAAUCAUCAACGAACACGAACACAGGGACGGCAGCGAACGCGACUGCGACGGCUGGUGCUGCCCCAACUUCACCGAUCUCACCGAGACCGUGGUACAAGCGACCGAUCUCCGGGAUGCGGCACCAGGACAGCUCACUGCCAUUCAAGCGUGACGUCAUUCUUAGAACGCUUGACAAACGAAAGGGAUCGCAGGCAGCAGGAGGAACCGCCGGUCCUUCCAAGGACCCGUGUGACGAUCUACCGGAGGUUGGCUAUCAUCGGAAUUCGUUGCUACAGCCAGCUGAAGGUCCCAGUGGAAGCAAUGGCAGCAGUAACACGAGUCCUGCUUCUUCUCUCGGUGCACGAGGAGGAGGAGGGGGUAAGUUCAAUCUGUUUUCCAAGAUAACGGAAAAGGUGGAUUCAGAGAAGCGUCGAUCCGCGAUCGGUAUACCAAGCAUCAGUGAGCUGGAUCGUGAGGCGGCCGAGAUCAUACAGAGCGAACGGGCCGCGGCCCGUGAAGUCGAGAAGCCCAAGUCAACCAAAGAGUUGAUAUCGAAGUUCGAAGCCACCAGUACUCCGGUGGUCGGUAAGGUGACGGUUAACAGCACGUUCGUGGCGAAGAAGGAGUACUUUGGUGUGGAGCCACAGAAAAAGCUCACCGCUCAAAUGGAUUCUCCACAACAGAUUCCACCACCAACGGUGGUGGCACCGGUGCCCGAAAAGACACCCGAGCCAAGCAAAGCAUCGGGCGUGACCAGUGACAAGAACUUGCUGGGCCUUUGGAUGUGCCCUUACUGUACGCUGGAGAAUCCAAACUGGCGUAUCAUCUGUGAGGCAUGCGAACGCAUCAAACCGUACGAUAGUGCGCUGAGCAUCCUCGAGGAACCGCCGCUACAUCCGAAUCAUCCACUAAAGCGUCCGAUACCGAACCCGGCGGAACCGAAACGUACCAUCCCGGCACCAGUAUCCGAUGACACGUGGGAUCGCAAGCAGGAGCGUGUCCUUAAGUACUUUAUACCAAAACCGUCGACCGGACCAGCCACCAAUGGGACGCUGCUGGUGGGAGCGACUGACAAUGGGAGCACCGGAUUACCGAACCGAAAGCCCAGCUUUGGUCAAACCAAACUUUUGGCCUCACCGAAGAUGGGAGUGAAGAGUUUGAUGAGCCGUGGAGCCGGACAGGAUGUGGCAACGCCGUCGACAUCUGCUGGUUCACAUCGUCACUUCAAUGGAAUCGCUGCUAGUGAAGUGCACGAGACAACGACGACAACGAGUAGCAACAAGUUUGACGAUGAAAAGCUUAAAGAAAGUGGAAAUGGUUUUGUGGCGGCACCACUGGCCUCACCAGAACCAACCGAAGAUGUGAUCGGAUCCGAUCGAAUCAAUCUCGAGGAAAUACGAAGCGCACGCAUUGCAAGGUUCGGUGUGGUGCCGGACACGGACACGACUAGCUCGAGUGCCAAACGUGACGAUCAACGUCCAUCGGAACAGCCACAACCGGAUGCGCUAGAGCGGGAAAAGGAGCGUCUGCGAGAGAUGAUCCGAGCGAUGAAUGCUAAGGCACUUGCAGAGAGGUAUCCGGUGGUUCAGAAGCCUCCAACAGCCAACAGCAGCAGCAGUGCCGCCACCACCACCACCACCACCUCUAGCAGCAGCAACAGCCUGAAGCGUGACUCUCCACUGGUCCAGCGCAAGAAUGGUCUCACAUCCGGUAUCCCGAUCAGCACGAAGAGCUCGAGUCCACUGCCACGGCGUAAGAUCGGCAGUCCGAUGAUGGCUCGACGAGCCGCAUCACCAGCACCUCCUACCCCAGAGGAACCAGCGACCAGGAAAGGGGAGUCGAAUCCGACCGGUGCUAUCAGGAAGACAACCGCCUUCGUACUCCAGCCACCGAGUGAGAGUAAGAUCAUGAAUCACGAUACGACGCGAAAUCACGCCUAUGGUCCAAUUCCCGAAACGGUACUGGAGCUGAACCAAACGCUGGCUGCUCCGGCGGAACCGGAAUCCGGUCCUUCGCUGGUGCUAACGAAUGAUGUGCAGGCAAUGCACUACGAACCGAUGGACGAGCAGCAGUUUGUGCGAUCGACAGCUACUCCCGCUCGGCAGCCGGGCGAUAGUGCAAUCCCUUUGUCACCACGGUUACAGGAUCGCCACCGCAAGACGUUGAUGGAGAAGCAGCAGCAACAUGAUGAGAAGGUGCGCCAGAUCUCGGAUCAGCUGCGGUCGCAACAGGGUGUCGAUCGGUUCCGCAGUACGCUGGCCCUUUAUCCCGGUGCCAAUAUGGGCCGUACCGGAACGCUGGCUUUGAAUAAACUGCUCCGCAAUCUGGAGCAAGCCAUCAGCGAAGGAGCUCACGAUCGUGCCGCAGAGUUGGCGAUGGAUUUGGCAAAGAUGAAGGUGUCGCUCUCGGUCACACGUCAGAGUUCACCUGGUUUAGGGGACAUAAGUCUCAAAGUCUACAUAGAUGAUAAGGUAUCGCACAAGGGACCACUGCGUGUCGUGAUGGCUACACUCGGUACGCUGGGCCAACUUAAGCAGAAGAUGUGCAACGAGUAUCAGCUGCCGGUGGCCGUGCAGCGCUGGCGCUGUGAUGAUCGCCAGCUCGAGGAUGAUGGCCGCACUCUACUCGACUAUGGCAUCCAAACGAACGAUCAAACGCUGCACGUGUAUCUGGUGCAACCGCCACAGGCUCCGGCAGUCACCGCUCCGGCAUGCUUUAACCGAACUGAGUCCAAGCUACUGGCCGUUGUGUCCUCCGAAUCUUCCGAUGGUGAGCACUCGGAUACACAGAAUGAUGAUGCCACUGUUCUUGGGGCAACAGCGCUACCUAAGCCUACACCCCGAUCUUCACGACCAAAGGAGGCAACGAUCGCAGAGGAACCACUACCAUCGAAUGAGGAAGGAUGGACAUGCCCGGUGUGCACGCUCAUCAACGAGCCCGAUCGUCCAGGAUGUGCCGCAUGCUCCGGAUCCAGACCCGCUUCCUACAUUCCUCCAUCGGCAAGACGUCGACUGCAGACGACGACGGUUACAGUCACGCCGGAGGACCUAAAACGAUUCCUAGACGAACAGCCACCCCUGGCACGACCGGUGCCACCGGUAGCAGUACAGUUACGAUCUCCACCACUGGAAACGCGAAACGAUCUAAACCGGAUCUCCUCGAAUCGCAAGUCUUCGGAUAUUUUCAACAUUCUACUGGACGAGAGUAAGGCCACAGGAGCAUCCGGGCAGCCUGCUGCUGCAACGCCACCCGUACCCAAGCCCCGUACUGCUACCGAUCUGGUGCGCCCGGUACACAUCCAGGUACCGGAGCAGAGCCGUAUCGUCAUGACGGCAUUGACCUCGCACCGUAGUCCAAACAUAACGCGCAGUCAGUACCGUGGGGUGGACAACUUUAAUCCCAACUCGAGCGGGCUGCCAAAACCGGAGCGACCGAUCAUCACCACGGCUAGUCCGAUUGUACGGGCCGUACUGUUGAAGCAGCAGCAGCAACAGCACCAGCAGCAGCCAGUACGGUUUGGUCGCAAUGGACUUGCGCUGCCCGAGGAUGGCACGGAGGUGAUGCAGAAUCACUACACCGAGCUGGUGAAUCUGGACAACGCGGAUCUGAUCGCAAACAUUGAACCGUUUGAGUGUCCAAUCUGCUUCGGGCCAUUCCAGCCAUACGAAGGGAUCGUGCUGCGGGACUGUUUGCACUCCUUCUGCAAGCAAUGUCUUAUCAGCACGAUCCAGUACAGUGAUGAGGCCGAGAUACGCUGCCCGUACAGUGAUGCGGUUUACAGCUGUGAGAGUGUUAUACAGCAACGUGAAAUCAAAGCCCUGGUCAGCAAGGAGCUGUACGAGGCGCAUCUGGCCAAAUCGAUCCAGCAGGCGGAAAGUAAGAUCGACAACACGUUCCACUGCCGGACGCCCAACUGUCGCGGAUGGUGCAUCUACGAGGACAACGUGAACCAAUUCAAAUGUCCGGUUUGCACGAUUGUCAACUGUUUAACCUGUCGGGUCAUCCAUGAUGGGCUCGAUUGUAAGCAGUACCAGGACCGCAUGAACAGUGACUGUGAUACUAACCUAGAGGCGAGACGCACCAAAGCGAUGCUGCAGGAAAUGAUCGAGAAGGGUGAUGCGCUCAACUGUCCCACGUGUCAGGUGAUCGUGAUGAAGAAAUGGGGAUGCGAUUGGCUCAAGUGCAGCAUGUGUAAGACAGAGAUCUGCUGGGUAACGCGUGGAGCCCGCUGGGGACCGGCCGGUAAAGGUGAUACCAGUGGUGGUUGCCGGUGCGGUGUGAAUGGAAUCAAGUGCCAUCCAAAGUGUAACUACUGCCAUUGAGGGUAAGCAGAGGUUUGUAGUCCGAUUGCCGGAGUCUCCAAGACGUCUGGAGAACUGCGGAGAGGGUCUCAAAGCAUACGUAUAGGAUAUUAGUGUAGAGCAUUAUCCUCCAAUGGUUGAGAGAAC